AACCAGGAGAACCAGGAGGCUAAGUUCCUGAAAGCAGCCGUGUUAGAGGAGUCCAGAGGCAAAGUGAUGAAGGGAGAAGCUGCGUUCUUCAUGAUGGACUGAGCAGAGGUUUGAUGGACAGCCUGCUGGCAGGAGGACGCUGACGUCUCCCCUACCGGAUCAGAACCAUCUGACAGGAGCGUGUUCAGCAGAAAAUGAGAGGUGGGCUGCAGUCGGACCUGUGAAGUUCUGAGAAGCGAUGAGCCAGCGGACCCGGAGGAUGUGAACGGAGCGUUCUGCAGCCUGUCAGACGUUUGCUGGAGGAUCAUGCUGGCUGCUGCCGGUGUCCUGCAGGGGGCGCCCUCACCUGCGUGCCCUGCGCUCGUACUGACGGUCUACCUGCUGCUCGGGCCCGCCCCGACCCACGCCUGCCCGCCCCGGUGCUUCUGCACGGCGGACAUCCUGAGCUGCUCUAACCAGCGUCUGGACCAGGUCCCUGCGGCGCUGCCCGUCUCCACCGUCACUCUGGACCUGAACCACAACCAGAUCCGGCAGCUGGAGGAGGACGGCUUCCAGGGACUCCUCCAGCUGGAGGUGCUGCGUCUGGCACACAACCUGCUGACCGCCAUCCAGCCCGGCGCCUUCAGGAACUCCUCCGGAGACCUCCUGCGGCACCUGGACCUGUCGUCCAACCGGCUGCACGCCCUGAAGCAGGAGUACUUCCAGGACCUGGCCGGCCUGGAGGAGCUGCUGCUGUUCAACAACCGGAUCUCGCAGGUGGACAGCAUGGCGCUGGCCGGACUGAGCCGCCUCCGCAAGGCCUACUUCAGCCACAACCUCCUCACCAACUUCCCCUUCUUCAGCGUCCGGCACAACCACAGCCAGCUGUCCCUGCUGGACCUGUCCUCCAACCGGCUGGCCACGCUGCCGCUGAUGGAGAUCUCCCAGCUGCCCCGGCCCCUGCAGGAGGGGCUCUACCUGCACAACAACUCCCUGGUGUGCAACUGCUCCCUGUUCUCCCUGUUCAGCUUCUGGGAGCAGAAGGGCUUCGCCUCCGUCCGCCUCUUCACGCAGGAGCACGUCUGCCUGGCCUACGACAACAAGCACGGCGCCAUCCACCUCCUCCUGAACCGCCCCUACUUUGACAGGUGCAACCUGACGGCGGUGACGGAGCAGGACGCCAGCGUGUCGGUGAGGGCGGGGGCGCCGCUGCUGCUGCACUGCGUCACGCCUCUGUCGGGGCGCAGCGUCAGCUUCUUCUGGGUCGUCCCCAGGUUCCAGUACGUGGCUCCGCCCGGGGACAACGCCUCCUUCAAGAUGUUCCCCAACGGCAGCCUGGAGGUGGCGGCGGCGGGGGAGCAGCACGCCGGCAUCUACCUGUGCGUGGCGCAGGACGGGCGGCGCAACGAGUCCCGGGAGGUCAACGUGACGGUGCUGCCCCCCCACCACGGCGAGGCGGGGGAACCCUUCAACACGGGCUUCACCACCCUGCUGGGCUGCGUGGUCAGCCUGCUGCUGGUGCUGGUCUACCUGUACCUGACGCCGUGCCGCUGCCCGCCCCGCCUCAGGCCCCGCCCCCCGGUGACCUCCGCCCUCAGCCAGAGCAAAGAGGGCGGGGCCGGCGGCUCCAUCCUCACCCCCACCCCGCCGACCACCACCGAGGGCCCGGGCCGCAAGACCUACCCGUCUCACCCGUACUCCUCCCUCCCUCCCUACUCCUCUCAGCCAUCCAACUCUCUCCAUGACUGAUGUCCCCUCCUGCACCGAGCCGCCAUCUUUCCGCCAUCUUUCCGCCUCCUCGUCAGACGGCGGCGUGCAUCAGGACCCGGCCGCCCAGCAUGGACGUGCAUGUGGGAAGACACGGGCACAGGACGCUCCUCACCGCCACCACGCCGGGUCCUCUGGUCCGGAUCAGGACGCUCGUCACGCUGCACCGAUAGAAGACGCCACGGACACUGGGGAUUCUGGGUGAUCUGAGGGCAGUGCAUGCUGGGAAACAUGUUCAGGAAAUGAUCCAGCUCAGAGGGAGUGAGGUGAAGGCUGGUUUGGACCGGUCCAGGUUCUGGUUGGUUCUGCUGUGUGAUGUGACUGAUGACCUCUGCUAAUAAAAUGUUGCCAUGGGAACAGA